AUGGAUCCUACCGACUCCAGCUCGAAGUGCCCCAUUCCAAAGACCGGAAAUACGACGGCCUACGACCCACACUUUGAAAGCCAUCUGAAAGACUAUGGUAUUUUUCUGCCUGAUUCUACAUACCCAGAUGGGACCGAGGUCUGUGAACCGGAAAAUAUUGCCGAGAUCCAAAGACGGUUACGAGCCCGUCGCCCGUCUCUCGCAUUAUCUGAAGAUUCCUUGCGCAAGGAAUAUAAGGAAUUCAAGCGACUCAAUAACAGGACCUCUGACGAGCGGCUUGUGAUCAAGAAAAUCCUUCCAAUCCUCGACGGUUCGCAACAGUCGUCUUUCCACGAUGGCGGCAAUCACCCAUUCACGAACCUGGCGCCGCUCACGAACGGUACCCUCGCCAAUGCUAAGCCUGAUAUUUACCACGGCGCGCUGCAUCACCAGCUGCAUUCUCGUGUCCGGGAACAGCUCAGUGACCAGAUCAUCCCCACCCGGCAGACCAACCGUCCUAUCACGCCUAAUUUUUUUGUCGAGACAAAGGGCCACUAUGGCUCGCUGCCCGUGAUGGAACGUCAGGCCUUGUAUAAUAGCGCUCUAGGCGCCCGAGCGAUACAUUCCCUCCAGCAAUAUAGACGUGCGCAAGAGAAGUGCCGCAGUAACAGCAACAGCAGUAACCGACCACAGGAUAACGAUAAUUGCUCUGAUCCUGCGCCUGUUCCUGGCCCUGCCCAUGAUUCCACUCACGAUAAUCACGCCUAUUCGAUCGUUUCUACUUUCCAAAAGGGAACGCUAGGCAUCUACGCGACCCAUCCGACGCGGACUCCGAGCAAUAUCGACCCCGGCGCAAACCGUCAGACGGAUUACGUGAUGACCCAGGUCGGGCAUUACUCCUUGAUCGGGAGUCCAGAAUCCUACCAACAGGGUCUAAACGCGUAUCGCAAUAGCCGGGACCUGGCGAAAGAAUAUCGGGACGAGUUUAUCAGGCAGGCAAAUGAGCGACAUGAAGCUGGUCGAUAG